UCGCUUCUCGUGGCCCAAAUUUUUGGGAACUCGGGCACCCGUUUUUCCCUUUGCUGCUUUCUCCCAGCUCCAAAUUGCCAUUAAGCAAGGUAGUCUUUCAGCAAACGCUAGACUCGCGUGACGCUGUCACGGCGAGAACAAAACAUUCAAGUUUAACUGAGAAGAUACUCGGAAUACACCUAUUUUCAUUCCCGCAGUUUCAGCCAAGUUUCGCUGAAUUGUAAUUUACUUGGACCGACUGCGCGAUCGCAAUGUCGGCAAACUCUCCAUUCAGGUCACUCUCCGUCCAAAAGCUACAAGAUGAGUUACGGUUUCGAAAGUUGCCCAUAGGAGGGACGAAAAGUGUGCUAGUUGCGCGGUUGGAAGAAUACGAGGGACAACUAAAUGCGGAUACAGCAUCAGAGGAUGACUCGGAUAGAAAUGCAAGUAACGGCGCUGCGAUAAAUCCUGAAGUGGCUGGAGAUGCUAUUGAAGCUCGUCGAAGAGAGCUUGCAAAACAACGAGUUGGAAUAUCCAUAUGGAACUCGCCGCUAGUAAUCCUUAAAUACCUGAUAUUAUAUAUAAGCGAUAGCCUCGUUCUGGGAUUGCAGACCAUGGUCGCACACGUAUGGGUCGUGGUAGCAAUGUUGUGUCUGUUGGUGGCGGGGGUAGCAGUAUACCUUGCAGAGGGGCCACAUCAAGGGACUGUUGCGGUAUUGGAAUCUCAAGUCUUGUGGUACGGGUGGUGGUUAGUGUUGGGAAUCGCCUCAUCUAUUGGACUGGGAACUGGAUUGCACACAUUCGUCCUUUUCUUGGGUCCUCACAUUGCCCAUGUUACUUUAACGGCAUACCAAUGCCACAGUCUAGACUUUGAAACUCGAGGGCCAGAUAGUUUUAUUUGCGAGCCAUCGGUUGGUCAAGCCGCCACUGCCGCUGUCACUGUAUGGCAAAUUGCAAAAAAGGUUCGAUUGGAGAGCUUUUUCUGGGGGUUGGGAACGUCGAUCGGAGAGUUGCCUCCAUAUUUUGUUGCAAGAGCCGCAGCCGCAGCGGGACGUGACGAUCAAGGAUUUGCCAGUAUUGAGGGCCUUCUGGCAAGACCAAAAUCCGAACGGACAGUUGGGGAGCGUGUACAAGUGGCCAUGUACAAUCUGAUGCAAUCGUUAGGCUUCUUUGGCAUCCUGCUUUGCGCGUCGAUUCCGAACCCCUUAUUUGAUCUCGCGGGCAUUGUUUGCGGGCAUUUUGGAGUUCCGUUCAUGACAUUUUUUGGCGCAACGUUCCUGGGGAAAGCAGUCUUCAAAAGUAGCAUACAGACGAUAUCCGUAAUUUUAAUGCUUUCGGAAGACAUUUUGGCCUUCAUAUUGACGGAGCUUCAAUCUUAUGCACCUACAUUACAUGACUUCGUGCAAAAGCUCCUGGACGAGCAAGUAAAACGAUACCAGAAACGGCCAGAUGGCGCUCAUGAAUUGAAGCCUUCCAAAUCCAAUUAUCUUGGCGCUCUAUGGAACGCCCUUCUAGUCUGCAUGAUUGGUUAUUUUAUUGCAUCCCUAUUAGAAUCUUUGGCGAUUGCCCAAAUGAAGAAGGAGCAUGAGCGAGAGCUGCAGCGACUACAAAAACGGGCUCUGAAAGAGCACCGAAAACAAGUACAAACAAAUACAGAGUCGGCUACUAAACUGGAAUAAAUGCAUCAGUUUGAAAGAAAGGAGUGAGAAGUUUUACCACAUAGAGGAGGGGUUUGGAUUGUAGCGGAGGCACCUAGUGCGCUGAGGUUUAUUUUGUUUACUUUAUUCUCGUUUACAACCGCAAUUAUCGAUCUCGUUUCAUUGUGAAUAUAUAGACUAGCCCAUUCAUGGGUAUACAAGGAAA